AUGCCCCUCUCAACCGCUGUCACGGACUUCUUCGCGGGUCUGCUUGGCCUACAUCCCAUUAACGAAUACCAGGUUUCUGCUGGCAUCCAGACGCUCUUAGAAAGCAAUGCAACCCAAGAGCGUCGCAUCUCAGAGCUCGAACUCGAGCUCCUGUACUUCAAGAAGCGCAACGAGGCGCUCCACGCCCAGAAGCAGGCAACGCAGAAAGACAUAGCAGAGUGCUUGGCCUUGGGUGAUCACCUCGUAAAGCCGGAGUGCGUCAUGGUGUCCAACCCGGUUGUAGACUUCAAAACCCGCAAAACGGCCCGGGAGCGGGAGAGGUUCCAUGCCAUGACGAUUGGCGAGAAGAAGGAGGGGGUUGAGCUUACGGCUGAGGCGUGUAGGACCAAGUACAAAGCGUUCGAGGAGCAUGUCGCCAGUUUGACUUCGGAUAUGGAUAGCAAGAUCAGGGAUCUGGGCGCCGCAGCUACACAGGUAGAGCGCCUAACCCACGAGAACGCCAUCCUGAAGACCAACAGGAAAGAGAUACAUGAAUGGAAGAUUGCGUAUGCUGAGAAGGUGAGGAGAAAGUAUGAGGAGAAGAGCGUUAAGAGCCAUUUAGCAGAGUUGAGCAUGGCGCAGGAGAACUGCAACAUGCUGCGAGAGGAAAGAGAUAGCGCCGUGCAGGUGAAUUUGGGGCUUACUGGGGAGAACGAGAGGUUGAACCAGGAACUUGCUGAUGAGCGACUGCACCACCAGAUCGCCUUGAAUGUUAUGCACAGAGGACAGGACGAGCUCCAUACGUGCAAGGAGAACUACCUAUUGCUCCACGAUGACUGGGCGCUUCUCAAAGAGGCGAACAUCCGGAGCGAUAAAGCGUAUGCUUCGUUGUCAGUGACGCAUACUGAGGUGCUGUGUGAGUUCGAGGAUUUCAGGAGACUAUACAGUGAGUUUCUCGAAAAGACCCAGGAAGACGAGAAGGCGUACGCUAGGUUGGCUCGUGCGCGUUCUGCGUCACUCAUCGUGCAAUUCAAGGGCGAAGUGGAUAGGAUCAAGACACUCGUUGACAAAACGGAGGACGACGUUCGGGCUGCAAACAUUAAUGUCACGGUCCUGAAGAAGAAGUGCGACACUCUGAGGUCGAAGUCUCAGAGGCGCAAGGAAAUUAUUGCUGCGAUAAAGGAAGAUUGUAGGCAAUUGGGUUCGGAGAACGGGGACUUGAGGGUCGAAUUAGAGGAGGUGGUCAAAGAGAGGAAUGCAUUGAAGCUGAAAGAGGAUCAACUUCGUAUGCAAAAACGGAUUAUAACUCAACUGCUUGCCCUUUCGCAAGCUGGACGGGCUGCUACGGUGCAAAGGUUGGAAGCGGCUCUCUUGCAGAGGGCAGAUGCGCUAAAGGGUCAGCUGGGCGCCCUUAAAAUGGUAAACAAGUUGAAGAGUGGGAUGGUCACCGAUGAUGGGAAAGAGAUUGGUGUCUUUGAUGAGAAUGAAGAUAUUGUCUCCGAUGUCCAAGAAGAUGAUGAUGUUGUUUCCGAAGAUAGGGACGAGGACGGCAAUGUUGUUUCCGACGACGAAAAAGGAUCAUGUGACAGCACCGAAGCUGAUGAGGAAAUGGGCGAGCUUGACCUUGACGAGGAAGAAGGUGAUAACGAGUACAAUUACUGCGGCGAAGACGAGCGUGAGGUGUACAGCUCGUAUGAGAAUCUGAGUGAGGGCGAUCUGAGCGGGGACGAAGACUGGUCGGCACAGUCAUGA